AUGGGUAUCACCGGAUUGCUGCCGCUAAUGAAGGCCGCCACUUCUGAUGUCAAGCUAGGAAAGCUGUCAGGAACUGUGGCUGCCAUCGACACCAAUGGCUGGAUUCACCGAGCUUGCUACAGUUGUGCUGACAAGGUGUACAUGAAUGAAGAAACAGACAUGUACGUCAACUACUGUAUUACCCUGUGUCGCAUCCUGCAAAAGCACAACAUCACGCCGAUUCUCGUUUUUGAUGGUCAAAGCUUGCCAGCGAAAGCGGUGACCAAGGCAAAGCGACAGCAGAGAAAGAAUGAAGUGCGAAAAAAGAUUGACGAAAUGCUGCGCGCAGGCGACAAUAAAGGCGCCCGCUGGCUGAUGCGCCAAUGCGUUGAUGUCAACUUUGAAAUGGUCCACCGAGUUGUGCAAAAGUGCCGCGAAGAGCAAAUUGACUACAUUGUUGCUCCAUUUGAAGCAGACGCACAGAUUGCGUAUCUGGUGAACCAUGGCAUUGCUGAUUACGCCAUCACUGAAGACUCUGACCUGCUUGUCUUUGGCUGCAAGAAAGUGCUCUACAAGUUUGAUCGUGAUAAUGAAAAAGGCUCCAUGCUGAAUCUUGAACGGCUCGACAAGUGCUUCAAUAACUUUUCUGAACGCAAGUUUCAGUUCAUGUGCAUUCUUUCAGGUUGUGAUUAUCUGGAAAAUAUUCCACAGGUUGGAUUAGGAAGAGCUAAAAAGUUUUUUGAGAAUUUCCACUUGCCACUUUCACUUGAGACGAUUGGAAAAGAUUUGCUCAACUUACCUUCAGCUAUCAAAAUGGAAGGCAAAGUGAAAGUUUCACAAGAAUACAUCAAAGGAUUUAUUCGUGCUGUGCGGACUUUCGAUCAUCAGAUCGUGUUUUCUCCUUUCACCGGGAAUUUCACUCACUUGAAGAAUCUCAAAGGUGGACUUGUGGAACACGAUCAGCUAAAACUUGGAGAGUUUGCUGGAGACUUUUUUGAACAAACGGCAGACGACUUCAUCAUCCACUACGUUACAGGAAACAUUCACACAAAAACCAUGGAAAAAAUGGAUCCUGAUUUUGUUCCCCAUCUUUUGGGAGACUCUAGUGGCAAACUUUCUUGGUUCACUGAAGAGUUUCGCAAACGAGUUGAAGCUAGAAAGUCGAUGAACUUGAUAUCCAGCAGUUUUUUUGUGCCUGAGUCGCCUCUUAAAUCACAACCCAAUCAAGUGGCUGACACCUCCCGAGAAUUUAAACGAAAGAUUUCAUGUGAUGUCAACGAUGAGCUUUCAUUGUCUAAAACGCCGGCGAAACGCAUCAAAACGGUGCUCAAGUGCAGCGAAAAUGAAAUGUCUGAAGAGCACAAAUCUACUUCUCAAGAAGGAAAUAACUUGACAGUAUCUACAAAGUCUCUAAAAGUUUUCAACAGAGAUGUGGAGAUUGAGCGAAAUGGAACUCGAACGAGCCGUACCUCUUCACGAAAUAUCUUUCGCAAAAGUGAAACUGAACUUUUAAAAUCAACAGGCAGGCAGAGCAGUGCAUACUUUCAGACAAAAACAGAAAGCACUUCAGUAAAGCUUCAAUAUGAAGUGGUGAAAAAACAGACUACAAAAUCUUCUAAAUCUGCAACUCCGUUAAAGGAAGCUAGGUUCUCUGACGAUUCUGACCUGGAAGCUCCUGAUCUAAAUGACGAGGAAGAAGGUUUUGAUGCAAAAGCGAAACUGAACGAAAGCGUUUCAAGCAUUGAAGAUGAAGACAAGGCGGCACUGUGCUCACUGAACAACAGCCAAAGCUCUGGUUAUGAUUCACAGAAGCGUUCACUUAAAUCAACUCCUGAUAUUAGAUCUUCACAGACCUCAAAUGACUCUUUUACCGCCAUAAAAUCACAAUCAAGCACUUCGAGUAGAAGUUCUGCUAAACAAGUCAGCGCUCGUGCUUCAAAGCGAAGCAGUGGUCGAGCUUCAAAAACCAACACUACCUCAGUUUAUCGCUCUCAUGACAUUCGCAAGUUCUUCAAAACAACCACUGUCAAGUCUGACGAGUGGAUUGAUUUAAACUAA